AUGGAGACACCCGUAAUGCCACAGAAAAUUCACAACAAGAAAGAAUUGGAGAAGUUUUUGAAGAAUGCAGGCUCCCAACUUGUUGUCAUUGACUUUUCCGCCAAAUGGUGUGGGCCUUGCAAAAUGAUUCGUCCCGCCUUUCAUGAGUUAGCUGUUCGGUAUGAACAUGUGCUGUUCUGCAUUGUUGAUAUAGACUUGGCAGAGGGUGUGGCAGACCUUUGCAAUAUCACCGCCGUGCCAACCUUCCAGUUCUUCAUGAAAGGAGAAAAGAUUUUUGAAAUGACUGGUGCUAAUGCAAAAAAACUGGAGAAGAAGAUUAAAGAGCUGAUGUAAUCACUGAAGAAAGCUUCACUGCGAUCUCAUGUUAUUGCCUACAAAUGCCAGUAAAAGAACUUUUCCACAAG